AUGGCAGAAGACUCCGAGUUAUUGGAUAUUAUUUGUGAUGGUCCAUACGUCCCAACAAAGAAGGUAGGAGAACCUACUAUAAUGGUGCCAAAAACCAGGAAAGAGUACAAUGAUGCCGACAGAAAAGCUGUAGAAAAGAAUUUUCGCGCCAAAAAGAUUUUGGUGUGUGGCAUAGGACAUGAUAAAUAUAAUAGGAUCUCAGCCUGUCAAUCCGCCAAGGAGAAAUGGGAAGCUCUACAAACGGCACAUGAGGGAACCACUCAAGUAAAGCAGUCCAAGAUCGACAUGCUCACCACUGAGUAUGAGCUCUUUAAAAUGAAGGAUAAUGAAUCCAUUCAAGACAUGCAUACCCGAUUCACUUCCAUUAUAAAUGAGCUACACUCUCUUGGAGAAAUCAUUCAUAGGAACAAGCUCGUGAGGAAAGUUCUUAGAGUUUUACCCAGCCCCUAG